AUGAAAUAUAGACGUCCUAGACGGAACCGUCAGACAGCAUUCAGAAAACCGCCGUUACGAAAAAGAAAACCUACUUAUCAUGAGCCCCCUCCUCCAGAUUUCCAGAGAUUGAACGGUAACCAGCAUGAUGCGUUAUACAAAGAAGUACUGAAGUCAGUGAAAUAUAAUUGGCACCUAUUGGAACCUCUUGGUGAUAAUUAUUCGUCUGAUACGUCUUCUUCAAAAGGCGUAGUUCUGCUUAAGGCUUUGUGUGCUUUGGAAUUAGCUAAGAAUGCCAAUCAAAUAGAACCAUUACAUCUUGAUCUUGCUCCAUGGAGCUGCUGGGAAUUGGUUUGGAAUAAUAUAUUAAGUCUAUCCCAUGAUUCUAUCUAUUUGGCUGGAAUCUUUGCCUCUAAGUUCAGAAAAGAGCCUGGAUUUCGAUGCCACAUCAGCGAGACAGCUGGGAGUAUACAGAAUCGAUAUAAUGGCGAAAGAAGUUUGAACCUAGCCAGAUAUGAGUCAAUCAAUGCAUGCAUGAUUCCGUGGGCUAAAAAUCAUAGAAUUGAAAACUUAUUUUUGAAUAUUAACUUUCAGCACUUUACAAAUCAUAUUUACAAGCUUCAUUAUAAACCAUGGAUACUACUAGACCUAUCAGAAGUUACAAAAAAUCUUGAAAACGAAGACUAUUAUAAAGUGGUAAAUAUUCCUAAUCUUGUUGCGCUUGACUUAUCAAACAGUUCUUUUGUUGAUGAUCAUUUCUUAUAUCAUUUGGCUAAUGUCAUAAAGAGCGAUUCAAAGCUAAAACAGCUCACCUUGUUGAGACUAAAUAAGUGUCCUAAGAUAACGAAAAAGGGUCUAAGAUAUCUUUUCGAGGUCUCCAAAGAUUCCUUCUUUGCUUCAUCGCUUUCAUAUAUAGAGUCUGAUCUCAAAAUUGUUCCUUCCAAAAAUUUCACUCAGCAAUUUAAUGUGAGUAGAGAAGAAGACGAAAGUAUAGAUUAUAUUGACAACACUAGAUGGAAACUUUUACCCGAAGAAGAUCUGAUGACAAAGCUCGUUGCACGAGUACCAAUUGGGCUAAAACUCCACUUGUUGUACAAGAAGUUUGGCAAAUUCAUUAUAAAGCGAAGCGUGAAAGAAGAAAAUGACGAAUUAACCCCUUAUGAUACAACCAAUACACUUAACUAUUUAUACAAAUCAAAAGAUACUAUUAUAUUCGAUUUUAUGCUUCAUAAUGAAGAAUUUACAGUAUCAGACUACGGUACUAUUACAGGGAAAGAAAAGCUUGAGAAAUCAUGGAAACGAAGAUUGUUUGUUAGAAACAAACUGGCCAGUCGUCUUCAGUAUAACUAUAUAGCAAACCACAAUUAUACUCCAAUAGUGAAAGAAGUACCAAAAGAUACUUCAAAAACUGAAGUCAAAGAAAUAGAAGCUCCAAUAUUUAGGGCAGGCACCAAAAAGAGAGCACCGACCGCAUCUACAAAAGCGAACAAGAAACCUCGAAAAAUAAUUACAAAUGUGAGUAGCUUUUUUAAUAUGUAA